AUGACGAUGGAAAUUUCAAUUGAAUGCCACCGCGUACAUAACGUAUUCCCGCUCGAUCCUGAAAAACAGACUGAGCCUGCGCAGGGUAUCCUUCUUAUUUCCUGUGAGGACUCCCUUCCUUUUGACUUUAAUCUCUUCUCCGUUUCUGAGAACGAGCUUGAGCUCGACGACGACCCUGGUGGUGGUACCUUUGACGAUUCAAAUAGUAAUUCAAAUACUUUCGAAGUGAUCAACAUGAACGCCGCCCAAAACCAGACGUUACCUCCACCUGCCGUGCAGAGCGGGCAGAACUCGCAGUAUUCGAUGCAGAAGGAUAACUGCGAUGGUGAAGAUAGUUCUAUGACUAUGGCGAAGUUGAAAAAACAUUUACUUGCGGAAAUUGAUGGAGAGCAGUCUACCGCGCCCUUGUCUGCAUAUUGCUUCAUGACUGGUUUCAUUGAUUCGGUUAUUUUUUCUGCUGUAUUUGUCUGGUGCGCAUUCCAAACGGGAAACAGUGUACAACUUGCCCUUGCCAUCGCUCGCCUAUUCAACGGGCAAAACGAUCACUCCUUCCAUAUCGCAGAUCAACAAGCGCUUUGCUCAGUGCUCACGUUCAUUUUCGGUGCCUUCAUCGGCCGCCUCGGCGAUAAGAUCGGCUGCAAGACACGACUGUGGCUGGCUCUCGGCACAUUUAUUCAAACCGUAUUUACGAUGGCUGCCGCUAUCGCAAUAUGGCAGAGUAACUCGGGCAGCGUUGCUGAUUCGCGCGCCGACCCUGCAUGGACUGACACGCUGUCCUUUGUGUGUAUCGGGUUCAUGAGCGCGAGCAUGGGCUUGCAGGGGAUUAUGGGGAAGCGUACCAAUACCCAGUUCACUACUACAGUUGUGCUCACGACGACUUGGUGUGAGCUCAUGGCUGACCCCAACCUCUUUCACAUUCGCCGACUCGUCAUUUCGCGCGAUCACAAAGUCAUGGCUAUUCUCUGCCUGUUUCUCGGGGGCUUUGUUGGUCGUGCAUUGAUCGACAGUAUUGGUUCUGCUGGUACGCUGGGCAUCGGCACAGGUAUCCGUUUGAUUAUCAGCGUUUGGUGGCUUUUCGUCCCGGAGAAGAAGGCCAAGAAGUAAAUGUGUAUAUGAAGUGCUCGUAUACGCGAUUAUUCCGUGUGUAAUUCUUUAUUUCGUCGGGGAUGACUAGAAGACGACAUGCUACGUGUGGUGACGGGUAGAAGAGGAUGACGAGAGGAGGAUAGAGAGGAACUUUUAAGAUUAGAGAGUCGAGGCUAGUAGCAUAUUGCAUUUUUAUUGUAGUAUUGCAUAGAGUUUUUUUUUUUGACCUUACAUACCAUAGCUAUCGUAGUUCGAGGAAUAGACAUCACGGUUCCGCCCAA